CCUCUCACUAUGUCAAGCAGUAUAGAGCUAGUUAAUCCCAAAGCAGAGAGCGUGCGGCGAGCAGCUGCUCUUCAGGUGAACACCAAUGGUGCAAUGGGCCUCGCCAGCGUGGUGAAGGGCAAUCUCGGCCCUCGUGGUACACUAAAGAUGUUAGUAGAUGGCGCAGGGCAGAUUAAAGUGACGAAAGACGGCAAAGUCCUACUGUCUGAGAUGCAGAUCCAAAAUCCUACGGCUGCUAUGAUUGCACGUACGGCUGUUGCACAGGAUGAGCAGGCUGGUGAUGGGACAACAUCAGUUGUCCUUCUCGUUGGCGAACUUCUGAAACAAGCCGAAAGGUACACUUCUGAGGGUGUACAUCCAACAGUCAUCGCGGAGGGAUACGAUUUAGCAAAGAAAGAGGCCUUGAGCUUCUUGGAUAAAUUCAAGCAAUCAUCCAAGAUGGACCGUGCAACACUGAUUGACGUCGUGAACACAUCCCUUUCGACCAAACUUACUUCAUCGCUUGCAUCAAAGCUUGCAGCGGACGUCGUUGAUGCCGUUCUAUGCAUUCGUCCUCCACCCCCUCCUCCUGGUUCUAAAGAGACAUGGAGAGAACCUAUAGAUCUUCACAUGGUUGAGAUUAUGAAAAUGCAGCACCGAACUGCACAGGAGACUCAGCUUGUGCGUGGACUCGUGCUUGAUCAUGGUGCACGUCAUCCAGAUAUGCCCAAGCGCCUUGAGAACGCAUAUAUUCUGACACUAAAUGUUAGCCUGGAGUAUGAAAAGACUGAGGUCAAUUCCGGGUUCUUCUACUCUUCUGCGGAACAACGAGAAAAACUUGUAGAAUCUGAGCGAAAAUUUGUCGAUGCGAAGCUUAAAAAGAUCGUCGAGCUCAAAAACUUGGUCUGCGACCAGGCAGUAGACGCAAAGACCAAACCAAAGGGUUUCGUCGUCAUUAACCAAAAAGGCAUCGAUCCACUCAGUCUAGAUGUUCUUGUCAAGAACGGUAUUUUUGCUCUUCGCCGAGCGAAGAGGCGUAAUAUGGAGAGACUGCAACUUGUGUGCGGUGGUGUCGCUCAGAACUCUGUCGACGAUCUGACACCCGAUGUUCUUGGGUGGGCAGGACUGGUAUACGAGCACACGCUUGGCGAAGAGAAAUAUACCUUCGUUGAAGAAGUGAAGGAUCCGAAGAGCGUGACAUUGCUCAUCAAAGGUCCGAAUGCACACACGCUCACGCAAAUCAAUGAUGCGUUGCGCGAUGGAUUACGUGCAGCGAAGAACGCGCUCGAAGACGGUUCGCUGAUCUCUGGUGCGGGAGCAUUCGAAGUUGCAUGUUCCGCCCACCUUGCAGGCACCGUGAAGCGAACUGCGAAAGGUCGCGCGAAGAUGGGUGUACAAGCGUACGCAGACGCUUUGCUUGUUAUCCCGAAGACACUUGCGCAGAAUGGUGGAUUUGAUGUCCAAGAUGCUGUAGUUGCACUACAAGAUGAGGCGGCGGAGGGACAUGUAGUAGGACUCGAUCUUCAAUCCGGUGAACCGAUUGACCCGACGGUUGUGGGUAUUUGGGAUAACUACCGUGUCAAACGGCAGAUGCUCCAUUCUUGUUCAGUGAUUGCGGUCAACUUGCUUUCAACAGAUGAGAUUUUGCGGGCAGGAAGGAGUUCGUUGAAGCCUGAUGGACAACAGUAGACUUUUCCCAGCAUGUUAUCAAUCAAACCAAUAUCUCAUGUAGUGAUAAAACGAUGUCAUGCACUCAUAUUCAUGG